GGUGGUCGACGCGAAACCACCAGUCAGUCUCUGGUCCACCCGAAGCCGCGACGCUAAACACUUCUUUCACAUCGAAUACCUCAUAUUUCGUCGCACGCCGCAGCCAUGGGUGACAAGUGAUCGUUAAAACAACGUAUCGAGAGACACACUUCUGCUUGUUAUGAAGAAAAUAGCAUAAAAAAAAAGCAAAAAGAAAAAUUAAUAAAUCAUAGAUUUAAAUUGAGAAGAAAUAAUUAUUAAAAACGAAGAUAAAAGUUAAUUGAUAUUUUAUAAGAAUAAAUAAAAAAUAAAAAUUUAUAAUAACAGUUAUUAUAUUUUAUUGAAAAAUUACGAAUUACGAGAUAAAAAUUUCAUCACUAAAAAUUAUUUGAUCACUGGGUUACUGAGAAUAAAGGCGAGAAGACUGCAAUUGCUCUUCACACCUCGUCGAAAAACGUCGAAAAGAACCUAGCAGAAUGUCGCGGCGAAAGAAUCCAAAGAAGAAAGGAGAUAAUUUAGAUGAUUUGAAGCAAGAAUUGGAUAUUGAUUUUCAUAAAAUAACACCUGAAGAACUUUAUCAAAGAUUUCAAACUCAUCCUGAAAAUGGUCUUAGUCAUGCAAAGGCAAAAGAAAAUUUAGAAAGAGAUGGACCAAAUGCAUUGACACCACCAAAAACAACACCAGAAUGGGUUAAAUUUUGUAAAAAUUUAUUUGGUGGUUUUGCAUUAUUAUUAUGGGUUGGUGCAAUAUUAUGUUUUGUUGCAUAUUCAAUACAAGCAACAACAAGUGAAGAUCCAAAUAAAGAUAAUCUUUAUCUUGGUAUUGUACUUGCUGUUGUUGUUAUAAUAACUGGUAUAUUUUCAUAUUAUCAAGAAAGUAAAUCAAGUAAAAUAAUGGAAUCAUUUAAAAAUAUGGUACCACAAUUUGCAACAGUAUUACGUGAAGGUGAAAAAUUAACAUUAAGAGCUGAAGAUUUAGUACUUGGUGAUGUUGUUGAAGUUAAAUUUGGUGAUCGUAUACCAGCAGAUGUACGUAUUAUUGAAUCACGUGGUUUUAAAGUUGAUAAUAGUUCAUUGACUGGUGAAUCAGAACCACAAUCAAGAUCACCAGAAUUUACACAUGAAAAUCCCCUUGAAACAAAAAAUUUAGCAUUUUUUUCAACAAAUGCUGUUGAAGGUACAGCAAAAGGUGUUGUAAUAUGUUGUGGUGAUCAAACUGUAAUGGGUAGAAUUGCUGGUCUUGCAUCUGGACUUGAUACUGGUGAAACACCAAUUGCCAAAGAAAUACAUCAUUUUAUACAUCUUAUAACUGGUGUUGCUGUAUUUCUUGGUGUAACAUUUUUCAUAAUUGCAUUUGCACUUGGUUAUCAUUGGCUUGAUGCUGUUAUAUUUUUAAUUGGUAUUAUUGUUGCAAAUGUACCAGAAGGUUUAUUAGCAACUGUAACAGUAUGUUUAACAUUAACUGCUAAAAGAAUGGCAUCUAAAAAUUGUCUUGUUAAAAAUCUUGAAGCUGUUGAAACACUUGGUUCAACAUCAACAAUAUGCUCAGAUAAAACUGGUACAUUAACACAAAAUCGUAUGACUGUUGCACAUAUGUGGUUUGAUAAUCAAAUUAUUGAAGCUGAUACAACUGAAGAUCAAUCUGGUGUACAAUAUGAUCGUACAAGUCCUGGUUUUAAAGCAUUAGCUAAAAUUGCAACAUUAUGUAAUCGUGCUGAAUUUAAAACUGGUCAAACAAAUGAACCAAUAUUAAAACGUGAAGUUAAUGGUGAUGCAUCUGAAGCAGCAUUACUUAAAUGUAUGGAACUUGCACUUGGUGAUGUUAUGGGUAUACGUAAAAAAAAUAAAAAAGUAUGUGAAGUACCAUUUAAUUCAACAAAUAAAUAUCAAGUAUCAAUACAUGAAUCAGAUGAUCCAAGUGAUCCACGUCAUUUAUUAGUUAUGAAAGGUGCACCAGAACGUAUACUUGAUCGUUGUUCAACAAUAUUUAUUGGUGGUAAAGAAAAAGUACUUGAUGAAGAAAUGAAAGAAGCAUUUAAUAAUGCAUAUCUUGAACUUGGUGGUCUUGGUGAACGUGUACUUGGUUUUUGUGAUUUUAUAUUACCAAGUGAUAAAUAUCCAGUUGGUUUUAAAUUUAAUUCAGAUGAUCCAAAUUUUCAAACUGAAGAUUUACGUUUUGUUGGUCUUAUGUCAAUGAUUGAUCCACCAAGAGCAGCUGUACCAGAUGCUGUUGCUAAAUGUCGAUCAGCUGGUAUUAAAGUUAUAAUGGUUACUGGUGAUCAUCCAAUAACAGCUAAAGCUAUUGCUAAAUCUGUUGGUAUUAUAUCUGAAGGUAAUGAAACCAUUGAAGAUAUUGCACAACGUUUAAAUAUUCCAGUAUCUGAAGUUAAUCCAAGAGAAGCUAAAGCUGCUGUUGUACAUGGUACAUCAUUACGUGAUGUUGAUGAAGAUCAACUUGAUGAAAUAUUACGUUAUCAUACAGAAAUUGUAUUUGCUCGUACAUCACCACAACAAAAACUUAUUAUUGUUGAGGGUUGUCAAAGAAUGGGUGCCAUUGUUGCUGUAACUGGUGAUGGUGUCAAUGAUUCACCAGCUUUGAAAAAAGCUGAUAUUGGUGUUGCCAUGGGUAUAUCAGGUUCAGAUGUAUCAAAACAAGCUGCUGACAUGAUUUUACUUGAUGAUAAUUUUGCAUCAAUUGUAACUGGUGUUGAGGAAGGACGUCUUAUAUUUGAUAAUUUAAAAAAAUCAAUUGCCUAUACAUUAACAUCAAAUAUACCUGAAAUAUCACCUUUCCUUGCAUUUAUCCUGUGUGAUAUUCCACUGCCUCUUGGUACAGUAACUAUUCUUUGCAUCGAUUUGGGAACUGACAUGAUACCAGCAAUUUCAUUGGCGUAUGAGCAAGCUGAAACUGACAUUAUGAAGAGACGUCCGAGAAAUCCACAGUGUGACAAGCUCGUUAAUAACAGACUUAUUUCAAUGGCAUAUGGACAAAUUGGAAUGAUUCAAGCAGCAGCUGGUUUCUUUGUUUACUUUGUUAUAAUGGCUGAAAAUGGAUUUUUGCCAACGUUCUUAUUUGGAAUACGUAAACAAUGGGAUUCAAAGGCAAUCAAUGAUCUUACUGACAGCUACGGACAAGAAUGGACAUACAGAGAUCGUAAAAAUCUUGAAUUUACAUGUCACACUGCCUUUUUCGUUUCAAUUGUCGUUGUACAAUGGGCGGAUUUAAUUGUUUGUAAAACACGUAGAAAUUCAAUUGUUCAUCAAGGAAUGAGAAAUUGGGCAUUGAAUUUCGGUCUUGUAUUUGAAACAGCACUUGCAUGUUUCCUAAGUUAUACACCUGGUAUGGACAAGGGUCUUCGUAUGUUCCCACUAAAAGCUGUAUGGUGGCUUCCAGCAGUGCCAUUCAUGGUUGCAAUAUUUAUUUAUGAUGAAGUGAGAAGAUUUUAUCUACGUAGAAAUCCAGGUGGUUGGCUCGAGCAAGAAACUUACUAUUAAAUCAAUAAUAAUCAACAGCGAGACGCAUACCCACGGGAUAAAAAAAUAAAUUAAACAAAAAAAGUAUUCGUAAUUUCAAAAUAAAUAAAAAAAAAAUUAUAAUACAUCAAUACAAUAUUUCUAUACAAUAAAAUAUGGUGUAAUUAUAAUUUUUUUUUUUUUUUUUUUUUUAAUUAUUGGAGGCUGAAAGAUGUGCUCGUUGGUCAUCAAAUUAAUCUGGCACAUAUUUUUUUGUAUAAUUGAAAAAAAGAAAAUAUUAAAAUUGCUCGAAAUUUAAUUUUAAAAAUAGUUACUUAGCGAUCAAAUAACAUCAAGACUUCCUCUUUUACUUUAAUUAUUUUAUUAUUAAAAAAAAGUAUAUAUAUUGCAGGAUGCUUAUUAAAAAUUUGAAAAAAAUUUAAUUUAUUAAUAAUGUAUGCACAAUACUCGAGUGGUUAAUUAGUCACUGCCUAAAACAUUCGAGAAUGUAAUAUCAGUGCCGGAAUUUUAAUUUUAUCAUUUUAUUUUUUAAAUUAUAUAUAUACUAAUGAGGCGUCGUUACAGCCAGGAUAUUAAAAUAUAAAUUGCAAGAUCUGAUAAUAAUAUAAAUAUAAUAUUUAAAAAAAAAAAAAUGAGAAAAGAGUGUGAAAAGAGUAUUAAAUUACAUCAUGACAAAUUAAAUUGGGUGACGGGCCUAAAAAUUAACAGACUAAAUUUGACAAAAAAAAAGAUUUAUAAAUUGUUCCAGCACACGGGUAGGCUGAUCGUGGUAAUUGAUUGAUAUUAAAAUAAUUUAAAGAUAAAAAUAUGAAUGAAAAUUUAAUUUCACCAUAUUUUUAUCAAUAAAAAUAAAAAAUAAAUUUGAAAUUUCUUUAUAUAAAUCAACAUCGUUAAAUUUGAGUAUAAAAAAAUAAAGUUAAAAAAAAAAAAAUUAUUAAUAUGAAUUUAAAUAAAUUAUUAUGAAUUGAAAAAAAUUACAAAAAAAAAAAAAAAAAUAUCUGCAUAAAUAUAUGUAAUUAUUAUUAUUAUUAUAAAAAAAUAAUAAAUAAAAAAUUAAAAAAAUGUAGAUGUCUUGUGAUACCGAGGAAGAAAAUCUAGACAAAUCUUCUUGAUUAAAUUCAUCAAAUGAUAAUAAUUAUUUUAAAAAAUAAAAAUUAAUUUAAUUGCAGUGGAACAAGCAAGAGAGACUAAAUAAAAAAAAAAAAAUAUCGAGCGGAUAGAAAAAAAGACAAUUUAUUUAUUUAUUUAUUUGCGCAGUAUGUAACUAAUUAAUUAUAGCAAAAAAUGAAUAAAUAAAUAAAAUUAAAUAACUCUAUAAAUAAGUAAUUUCAAAGAAUUGAUAAAAUCAUAAUUCUAGAUUGGCACUUAUCUAGUUGAAAAAUAAAAAUAAAUAAUAAUUAACUGAAAUUUUAAUAAAUAAAAAUUAUUCAUUGAUUAUUACAGGAUUUAAAUGUUCAGUGCCAGUCUUGAUUAGAAAAAAAAAAUAAUAAUAAUUCUAAUUAUUGUAUUGUGUUUAAUUAAUUAUUGUAGAUUUUUUGAUUCAUGAUCAUUUGAGAAUGCAUGAUGAUAAAAUAAUCCAUCAAUGAAAAUGAUAAAAAAUCAACAAUAACCUGUAUAAAAAAAAAAAAAAAAUCAUGAAUAAAAAAUAAUUUCUGACCACCUGAUUUAUGAAAAUAUUUAAAUAAAAAAAAAUAAUUAAAUCGUCAAAUGCAGCUGCGAACCCAAGUUCUUGAUAAAUAAAAAAAAAAAUAAAACCCUCAAAAAUAUAUAAAAUUUUUAAAAACAUACAGAGGCAAAGUUGAGCAGAGUAAAAAAUAAUAGUGCACGCAAUGAAGCAUAGAAUUUGUAGACGACAAAAUAAAUUUAAAAAAAACAACAAUUUGAAAAAUAAAUUAGCUGAAAAAAUAAUACCAAAUAACUAAUUAAUAAAAAAAAACUACAUUCAUACUUUUAGAUUUUUUUUUCAUAUAGUUAAAUGAAUAAUAAAAUUUUAAAAUGACAAACGAAAGAAAUACAAUGCCAGUGAUAUAAAAUUUAAAAUUCAUUUUAAAAUAAAUAAAAACCCGGUAUAUAAUUAACCCUGUUAUCAGCCUCAAUAACAUAAAAAUAAAAUUCGAAAAAAUAAAUUUUUGAGAGACCAAAAAAAAAAAACCUUCAACCAAAA